AUGGGUUCAGUCUUUGGGUCAGUAAUAGAAGGAAAAUCACAGGAUCCAUGUAUGUAUAUGCAAGGAUGUUCGAGGCCUUGGCUUUGUGAGGGAAAGUUUGAUCUGGGAUCUCUUUGUAUUCAAAGAUUUACAAUAGAUGGUUUGAAUGUGCUAUUUGUCUUUCUUUUCUUUAUGCUUCUCAUUCUUGGUUCUGUUAGAAAUAGUGACAAUACUGGGGAUACAAGAAAGUGUUGGUUUUUUGUAGCUGUUUCAGUCUACUGUGCUGUCAUUAGUUCUGCAUAUAUUAUUUCUGGUGCGUGGGAUGUAUUGGAUAGAAAUGAAAAAUCUAGGAAUUUGAGUUGGGUGGUUGAUUUUGUCAGGGGACUGGUUUGGAUAUCUUUGGCUGUUUCCUUGAUUUUGCAGAGGAUCAGAUGGGUAAGAGUUCUAGUUAUAGUCUGGUGGGUCUCCUUCUCAUUACUGGGGACUGCACUGAAUGUGGAAGUGUUGGUAAAAAUGCGAACAAUUUGUACCUUAGACAUUGUGUCAUGGCCUGCCAAGCUAAUGCUUCUUGUUUGUGCUUUCAUACACUUCAGUCAGACUGCGUCUCAGAACAGCCCAGACCAGAGUUUAUCUGAACCUCUUAUUGAAAAGUGUGAUACAUAUCGGACAGAAUUAUGCCAAGCCAGUUUCAUUAGUCGUUUGAUGUUUUGCUGGCUUCACCCUUUACUGCGCUUAGGUUACUCAAAACCAUUAGACCUUGAUGCUGUCCCAGAUUUAACAUCUGAAGAUGAAGCCCUCUUAGCAUACCAAAUUUUUUAUAAUGCAUGGGAUUGUCUUAGGAGAGAUAAGAGUGUAACAAAUACUCACAACUUGGUUAUACGAGCCUUGGCUAAAGUUUAUAUGAAAGAGAUGGUAAUUAUAGGAGUCUAUGCCUUUCUUAGGACAGUCGCUAUCGUAGUUCUUCCACUGUUACUGUAUGCCUUCCUGCAGUAUCAAGCCCACAAGGAGGAAAAAAUGAUAGAUGGUGUCUUCUUAGUAGGCUGCUUGGUGAUCAUCAAGGUCAUGGAGUCUUUGUCCCAGAGGCAUUGGUUUUUCAAUUCAAGGAGGAGUGGCAUGCGGAUGAGAUCUACUUUGAUGGCUGCUGUUUAUCAAAAGCAGCUCAAGCUUUCUAGUCUAGGUAGGAGAGGACACACAACAGGCGAGAUAGUGAAUUACAUUGCAGUAGAUGCUUAUCGCAUGGGUGAAUGCCUAUGGUGGUUUCAUUUAGGGUGGAGUCUUGCAGUGCAAUUGUUUCUUGGCAUCAGUGUGCUCUUUUUUACUGUGGGUGUGGGGGUUCUUCCCGGUUUGGUUCCCCUCCUCAUAUGUUCCUUUCUAAAUGUCCCGCUUGCCAAGUUCCUUCAGAAUUGUCAAUCUCUCUUCAUGGUUGCCCAAGAUGAACGACUUCGAGCCACUUCUGAGGUCCUAAACAAUAUAAAAAUAAUCAAGUUACAGUCAUGGGAAGAGAAAUUCAAGAACUUGAUUGAGUCCUUCCGCGAGAAGGAAUUCAAAUGGCUGACUGAGUUGCAGAUUAAGAAGGCCUAUGGUGUUGUUUUUUACUGGAUGUCUCCCAUGUUUACCUCUACAGUAAUCUUCAUGGGAUGUGCCUUUUGGAGAAGUGCCCCAUUGAAUGCCAGCACCAUUUUCACAAUCAUUGCAGCUCUACGAAUUAUGGCAGAGCCUGUGAGAAUGAUUCCUGAGGCUUUAUCUGUGUUGAUUCAGGUGAAGGUCUCUUUGGAUCGCCUUGAAGCAUUUUUGCUGGAAGAUGAGCUCAGUGAUGAACAUGUGCAGAGAAGCCAAUCACAGAAUUCAGAGAAUAGAAUUAGAAUUCAUGCUGGUACUUUCAGUUGGGAUCCAGACACAACUGUUGCAACUCUGAGACGGUUAGAUUUUGAAGUAAGAAGGGGGGAAAAAGUAGCUGUUUGUGGGCCUGUUGGUGCUGGGAAAUCAUCCCUCUUAUAUGCUAUACUCGGGGAAAUACCCAAAAUCUCAGGGACUGUUGAUGUAUUGGGGUCUGUUGCCUAUGUUUCUCAAACAUCUUGGAUUCACAGUGGUACAAUUCGUGAGAAUAUUCUCUUUGGAAAGCCAAUGGACCCGACAAUAUAUAAUAAGGCUAUUACGGCAUGUGCACUCGAGAAAGAUAUAGAAACUUUUGACCAUGGCGACCGCACAAAAAUUGGGCAGAGAGGGCUGAACAUGAGUGGAGGACAAAAACAGAGGAUACAACUUGCUAGAGCAGUCUACAAUGAUGCAGAUAUCUAUCUCCUUGACGAUCCUUUUAGUGCAGUAGAUGCUCACACAGCUGCUAUUUUAUUCAAUGACUGUGUUAUGGAUGCUAUGGAAAAGAAAACUGUCAUUCUAGUGACCCAUCAAGUCGAGUUUCUCACUGCAGCAGAUAGGAUUCUGGUUAUGGAAGGUGGAGAAAUAACUCAAAUGGGUAAUUACGAGGAGCUCUUGACAUCUGGAACAGCAUUUGAACAGCUUGUGAAUGCUCAUAAAAAUGCAACCACAAUGUUGAACCCUGAAAUCAAUGGUCAUUGGGGUGAAUUUGAAGAUAAUAGAUUGGAUGGAUCUAUGAGAUCCUACCCCAAGAAACAGAACAGCGAGGGGGAGAUUUCAGUCAUUCCUCAGGCCAAAAUCCAGCUAACAGAAGAUGAAGAGAAGGAGAUUGGAGAUGUUGGUUGGAAGCCAUACUUGGAUUAUCUGAGUGUCUCAAAAGGGUCACUUCUUCUUGUUUUAAGUAUAUUUUUUCAGUGUGCUUUUGUUGCUUUCCAGCUUGGUGCAGCCUAUUGGCUUGCUGUAGCUAUCGAGAUUCCUCAAAUCAGCAGUGCCAUCUUAAUUGGAACUUAUGCAGGAAUUUCAGCCACUAGUGCAGUGUUUGUAUUUCUGAGGUCCUGGUUUACCGUCCAUCUAGGAUUGAAGGCUUCAAAAGCCUUCUUUUUGGGUUUCACCAGUUCAGUAUUCAAGGCUCCCAUGCUCUUUUUUGAUUCAACCCCUGUUGGUAGGAUUUUAACACGGGCAUCAUCAGAUUUGAGUGUGCUGGAUUUCGACAUUCCUUUCUCCAUGUCCUAUGUUAUAGCAUGUGCCACUGAAGUAUUAACAACCAUAGGAGUUGCAGCCUCAGUCUCAUGGCAAGUUAUCUUUGUGGCGAUUCUUGCUAUAUUAGCUACACAAUAUGUUCAGAAAUACUACCUAGCCUCUGCAAGGGAGCUGAUAAGAAUUAAUGGAACAACCAAAGCGCCUGUUAUGAACUAUGCAGCUGAGACGUCACUUGGAGUAGUCACGAUAAGAGCUUUUGACAUGAUGGACAGGUUCUUCCAGAACUACCUAAAGCUCAUAGACACGGAUGCAAAGCUUUUUUUUCAUUCUAAUGCUGCCAUGGAAUGGUUAGUCAUGAGAGUGGAAGGGCUCCAGAAUCUGACCCUCUUCAGUAUUGCUAUUCUUCUCGUUUUGCUUCCACAGGGUGCUGUUGCUCCAGGAUUUGUUGGGCUAUCUCUUUCUUAUGCUCUCUCACUGACCAAUUCCCAAGUGUUAAUGUCUAGAUGGUACUGCAGCUUAGCCAACUACAUUGUAUCUGUUGAACGAAUAAAACAAUUCAUGCACAUCCCAUCAGAACCUCCUGCAAUUGUGGAUGACAAAAGACCACCAUCCUCAUGGCCCUCCCGGGGAAGGAUAGACUUGGUUGAUUUGAAGAUAAAAUAUCGCCCCAAUGCUUCACUAAUUCUCAAGGGAAUCAGCUGUACUUUCAAAGAAGGAACUAGAGUAGGAGUUGUUGGAAGAACUGGUAGCGGCAAGACAACAUUGAUAAAUUCUUUGUUCCGUCUCGUAGAACCUGUGAGUGGGAGAAUCCUCAUAGAUGGAUUGGAUAUUUGCUCUAUGGGCCUGAAGGACCUGAGAAUGAAACUCAGCAUCAUCCCACAAGAACCGGCUCUUUUCAGGGGUACCAUUCGAACUAACUUGGAUCCUCUAGGCCUCUAUUCUGACGAUGAGAUUUGGGAGGCUAUAGAGAAGUGCCAAUUGAAGAGUACAGUUCUUCGUCUUCCAAAACUCUUGGAUUCAUUAGUGAGUGAUGAAGGAGAAAAUUGGAGUGUCGGGCAACGCCAGCUUUUCUGCCUGGGACGAGUCCUUCUUAGAAGAAAUAGAAUUCUGUUUCUAGACGAAGCAACUGCAUCAAUUGAUUCAGCAACAGAUGCUGUCCUACAAGGAGUCAUCAGGGAGGAAUUCUCAAGCUGCACAGUGGUAACUGUGGCCCACAGAGUUCCCACCGUUAUAGAUAGUGACAUGAUCAUGGUCCUUUCUUAUGGGAAACUGGUGGAAUAUGAUGAACCUUCGAAACUCAUGGAAGUCGAAUCCUACUUUUCUAAGCUUGUGGCUGAAUACUGGUCCAGCUGCCAGAGGAGAACUCUACAAGGCCUUAGCAACUACAAAUAAAAGGGAAUAUGAAAAGUUGAAGACUGGUUCCAAUAAGAAUUUAACAAAUUGUAAACCCUGUUCUGUAACAGGAAAAAAAUAAA